GUGCAUGUCAUCCGUUUCCAUAUACGUACGGCUGCCUGUCGCCGCUCCGCCAGACACGGAACCGGACCUCUUUCGCCGUUUCUCUUUCCUUUCCCUACUUAUAUUGCAGCGUUGCCGCUUUGCUUUUGGAGGUGUAGUGGAGGACUAACAACAUCUCGGGCUCACCCUACGACUGCCCUACUCUCGCUUUGCCCGUCACUCCUACCACACUCGACGUCAUGUCCGACCUCUCGGAGAAAAUGCACUUCUCGGGCAGCUCGAGCGAUGGCGUCUCCCACGAAGGCGCGCUGGCCGAGGACGGCGAAAAGACGAUGAUGGGCCAGACACCCUUCCCCCUCGAACAACCACAAAAGCAGCCCAUCCCACUCCACCGAUUAGACUCUCGCCUGCCCACUUCCAAUUCCAAGACCGAGGAGGAUGAGCAGCAGAAGCAGGCCGACGACUCAGAACAAAAGGACCCCUUUGCACAUCUGCCGUUCCAUGAAGCGGAUAUAUUGAAGAGACAAGUCGACAUACCACCUGUCAAGGUGACAUACUUCAUGCUCUACCGCUACGCCACCCGCAACGACAUCAUCAUCAUGGUCGUUUCCUCCAUCUGUGCCAUUGCCGGCGGAGCUGCCAUGCCUCUCAUGACAAUCAUCUUUGGCUCCCUCACUGGCAAGUUCACGGGUUUCGAACAGGGCACUACCAGUCCCAGCCAAUUCCAAGGCACCGUCGACCACUUGGUGCUCUAUUUUGUCUACCUGGCGAUCGGCAUGUUCUGCACCAUCUACGUCUCCACCGUCGGCUUCAUCUACACCGGCGAACACAUUGCAGGCAAGAUUCGGCAGGCAUAUUUGGCCGCCAUUCUACGCCAAAACAUUGCCUACUUCGACAAACUCGGCGCGGGGGAGAUCACCACGCGCAUCACCGCCGACACGAAUCUGGUGCAGGACGGCAUGUCGCAGAAAGUGGCGCUCUGCAUGACUGCCGUCGCCACCUUCGUGACCGCCUACGUCAUUGCCUACAUCAAGUACUGGAAGCUCGCCCUCAUCGACACCUCCGCCAUCGUCGCCAUCGUUCUGACCAUGGGAAGUCUGGGCCGCUUCAUCACAAAGUACAGCAAAAAGUCACUCGCUUCCUACGCCGAGGGAGGCACCGUGGCGGAGGAAGUCAUCAGCUCCAUCCGCAACGCCACGGCGUUUGGAACCCAGGAGAAGCUUGCGGCCCAGUAUGACGCCCAUCUCAUCGAGGCGGAAAAGUGGGCGUUCAAGAUGAAGGCCAUCCUCGGCUCCAUGAUUGGCUUUCUCAUGUUCUACGUCUACCUCACUUACUCUCUCACCUUCUGGCUGGGGAGCCGAUACCUGGUGAAGGGCGAGGUGACUGUUUCGGACAUCAUCACCAUCCUGCUGUCCAUCAUGAUUGGCGCCUUUUCCCUCGGCAAUGUCGCACCGCACAUCCAGGCCUUCACCACCGCCACCGCGGCCGCCUCCAAGAUCUUUGCCACCAUCGACCGCAAGUCGCCGCUAGAUCCCGAUGCCGUCGAUGGCUUGAAAUUGGAGCAGCUCGAAGGCACCGUCGAGCUUCGCAACAUUCGACACAUCUAUCCUUCCCGCCCGGAAGUGGUCGUUAUGGAGGACGUGAACCUGGUCGUGCCGGCGGGAAAGACUACGGCUCUUGUUGGAGCUUCUGGCUCAGGCAAGAGCACUAUUGUGGGCCUCGUUGAGCGCUUCUACGACCCCGUCGGCGGCCAAGUUCUCCUCGAUGGACACGAUGUGCAAGAGUUGAAUCUCCGCUGGCUUCGACAGCAAGUUAGUCUGGUGUCGCAGGAGCCGACAUUGUUUGCGACAACGGUCUUUGAAAACAUCCUCCACGGCCUGAUUGGGACGGACUUUGAAGGACGAAGCCACGACGAGAACCGCGAGCUUGUUGAGCACGCAGCAAGAAUGGCCAACGCGCACGACUUCAUCACACAGCUGCCCGAAGGCUACGAGACGAACGUUGGUGAACGGGGUUUCUUGAUGAGCGGUGGGCAGAAGCAGCGCAUUGCCAUUGCUAGAGCGAUCGUCAGCGAUCCUCGCAUCCUUCUGCUGGAUGAGGCCACUUCGGCGCUCGAUACCAAGUCGGAAGGCGUGGUGCAGGCCGCGCUCGACAAGGCGGCUCAAGGACGGACGACGAUCGUGAUCGCUCACCGGCUCAGUACCAUCAAACAUGCCGACAACAUUGUUGUCAUGAGUCAAGGACAGAUCGUUGAGCAAGGCAAGCACGACGCCCUUCUCGAGCAACGCGGCCCCUACUACAACCUUGUCGAGGCCCAGAGGAUUGCUCAGGAGACCGAACGAGUACGAGAGGAAGCGGAGGACGCGGAUGAUUCGGACAUCUCGUUCAAAGACAAAGAGGAGAGUGUGCUGUAUGUGGCCAGAACCAAGUCGCGCGACAAGGCCAUGCACUACGAAGAUCCGGCAGAUCUCGAGCUGGGCCGCACAAAGACGGGCAAGUCCGAGUCGAGCAAAGUCCUAGGCGACCGAUCGUCGCAAGACGCGCAAAAGUACAAUCUGUGGACGCUGAUCCGGACGGUCGGCUCCUUCAACAAGAGUGAGUGGAAGAUCAUGCUCGUCGGCCUCUUGGCCGCCAUCAUCGCCGGCGCCGGAAAUCCGGUGCAAUCCGUCUUCUUCGCCAAAUCCAUCACCGCGCUCGGGCUCGACAGUGGCAACCCUAGACAGUUGCAAUCACAGAUUGACUUCUGGUCCUGGAUGUACUUUAUGCUUGCUUGCGUGCAGCUGUUGUCGCUCUGUGCCGUGGGGGUUUUGUUUGCGUAUUGCUCGGAGAAGCUCAUUCAUCGGGCGCGCGACCGUUCGUUCCGCACGAUGUUGAGGCAAGACAUUUCCUUCUUCGACGACGACUCCAACACCGCGGGUGCGCUCACGUCUUUCUUGAGCACGGAAACCACCCAUCUCGCGGGUAUCUCGGGUGCGACACUGGGCACGCUUUUGCAAGUCCUCACCACGCUUGUCGUUGGAUUCACCAUCGCGCUGGCCAUCGGCUGGAAGCUGGCUUUGGUCUGCAUCGCGACCGUACCGAUCGUGCUCUUUACCGGCUUCACGCGUUUCUGGAUCCUCGCUCGCUUCCAAGAGCGCGCGAAGAAGGUUUACGAGAAGAGCGCGUCGUAUGCAUGCGAGGCGACGUCUGCCAUCCGGACUGUGGCCAGUCUGACGCGAGAAGGUGACGUAUGGCAGCAUUACCACAAACAGAUCACCGACCAAGAGGCCAAAUCUCUUCGCCAAGUCGUGAGGACCUCGACCCUCUACGCCGCGAGCCAGAGUCUCAUGUUCUGCUGCACUGCCCUGGGUUUCUGGUAUGGCGCGACGCUGCUGGCCUCCCACGAGUACAGCGUGUUCCAGUUCUUCCUGUGUUUCAGCGCCGUCAUCUUCGGCUCGCAGUCUGCCGGCACCAUCUUCGCCUUUGCACCCGACAUGGGCAAGGCGAAACACGCCGCCUCGUCCAUGCGCACGCUGUUCGACCGCACGCCGGCCAUUGACACUUGGUCGCGAGAAGGCGAGGACGUCCCGACGAUGGAAGGCGCCAUUGAGUUCCGCGACGUGCACUUCCGCUACCCGACUCGCCCCGAACAGCCUGUGCUUCGCGGUCUAGACCUCACCGUCAAGCCCGGCCAAUAUGUUGCUCUUGUCGGCGCCUCCGGCUGUGGCAAAUCGACGACGAUCGCCAUGAUGGAGCGCUUCUACGACCCACUUGUCGGAAGCGUGUACGUCGACGGCAAGGAAAUCACGACCAUGAACAUCAACAGCUACCGCCGCCACCUCGCGCUCGUCUCGCAGGAACCCACCCUCUACCAGGGCACGAUCAAGGAGAACAUCCUCCUCGGCGCCGACACCAAGCCCGAAGACGUGCCGGACGAAGCGAUUGUGCGCGCCUGCAAAGACGCCAACAUCUACGACUUCAUCCUCUCCCUCCCGGACGGCUUCAAUACCGUUGUCGGAAGCAAAGGCAGCAUGUUGUCCGGCGGGCAGAAGCAGCGUGUAGCCAUUGCGCGCGCUCUCCUGCGCGACCCUAAGAUUCUACUGCUCGACGAGGCCACCAGCGCGUUGGACAGCGAGUCGGAGAAGGUGGUGCAGGCUGCGCUCGACGCUGCGGCCAAGGGGCGCACGACGAUUGCUGUGGCGCAUCGCUUGUCGACUAUCCAGAAGGCGGAUGCGAUUUAUGUGUUUGAGCAAGGGCGGAUUGUGGAGCGGGGCACGCAUUCGGAGUUGAUGCAUAAGGGCGGCGUUUACUUUGAGUUGGUUAAUUUGCAGAGUUUGGGCAAGACGGCGUGAUUUGUUAUAUUAUAGAGGUGCGGUCGGAUGGGUGUUUCUUAUUAGCGGAUGGGCCGGCGAUGAUGUCGGGAUGACUGCGAUACGGCCGGCUCUUUCGACUCGCUGAUUGUGAUGAUUAGAUGUGUAUAGACAAAAGAUGCGAAUGUGACUUGAGCACACCUCUCAACUACAGACUUCUACCCAAAACUCUCACGGCGUCAUGGUCGAGAUGAAGUGAAGAAGUUAUGCACGUGGAGAUGCACGUGGGAUAAGAUUAGAGUUCCGCCUCCGUU